AGCAAGUCGGCGGCUGGAGGCGCGCGCGGUGGCUUGUGGGAUCGUGGCGGUGAAGGCAAGGGGAAAAAAAAAAGGCGAGUGAGCGAGCCUUCCCUAUUCCCUCCGCCAGCGAAGAAAGGGCAGGAAGGAGGGGGCUCGAGCCCGGUGAGCGCGCCGGACCUUGAGGGAAGCCAUGUUCUGGAAGUUUGAUCUCCACACAACCUCUCAUAUUGACACACUUUUGGAGCGCGGGAAUGUGACCCUCUUUGAACUUCUGGAUGAGGAAGAUGUAUUGCAGGAAUGCAAGGUAGUCAACCGAAAGCUUGUAGACUUCCUGGUACAACCAGAGCAUAUGGAAGCUCUGGUCACCUGUGUGACCGAGGAGCCCCCUGGAGAUGUGGAUGAAAGAGUGCGCUACAAGUAUCCGAGUGUUUCUUGUGAAAUCUUGACAUCAGAUGUCACACAGAUAAAUGAUGCACUGGGCGAGGAUGAAUCUCUCCUGCGACGUCUCUAUGGCUUCCUUCAGACUGGUGGAAUCCUCAACCCUCUGUUGGCUAGCUUCUUCAGCAAGGUUAUGGGGAUUCUUAUCAACCGUAAGACUGAUCAGAUAGUUGCCUUCUUGCGUAAGAAGGACGACUUUGUCAACCUGCUGCUACAUCACAUUGGUACCUCAGCCAUCAUGGACCUCCUGUUGCGACUUCUUACCUGUGUGGAGCAAUCGCAGCUCAGGCAAGAUGUAUUCAAUUGGCUUAAUGAGGAGAAAAUUGUGCAGAGGCUCAUUGGGAUGAUCCACCCUUCAAAAGAUGACAAUCAACAUUCCAAUGCUUCACAGUCUUUGUGUGACAUUAUCCGGCUGAGCCGUGAACAGAUGAUCCAAAUCCAGGAUAGUCCUGAGCCGGACCAGUUACUGGCCACGCUUGAGAAACAGGAGACAAUUGAGCAGCUGCUAAGCAAUAUGCUGGAUGGAGAACAGAGCGAAUCUGUCAUAGUCAAUGGGAUCCAGGUCUUGCUGACCCUGCUGGAACCACGAAGACCCAGGACUGAGUUGGGUGGCAUAGGGGGCUUUUAUUGCAAUCUGGAGGGACAGAUGGAGAUGACUGGUCCCAACUGUGAAGUAGCUUCCAGCCAGGCCAGUUUGGGCACUCUGCAUGCCAUCAAACAGCGUCUCAGGGAGCUUCACCGGCUGCUCCUCGAUCCGCCAAAGAAAGAGGCCCUGCAGACUACCUGGGGGAUCCUGGACCCUCCUUUAGGAAACACACGUCUGCAUGUAGUGAAGCUGCUGGCCAGCUCACUGGGCACAAACAACACAGCACUGCGGGAUGAGAUCAUUGAGCUUGGGGCCCUUGAUACUAUGUUGGACCUUUACUUCAAGUACACAUACAACAACUUCUUGCACGCCCAGGUGGAGGCCUGCCUUAGCAACAUUUUCAGCCCCCUUGUUGGAGAUGAGACGAUAGAGAACCACUCAGAGCCGCACCCAGAGAAUCCGGUCAUCCAACAUUUGCUGCAGAAAUGUCGCUUAAUCCAAAGAAUUUUAUCUGCCUGGGAGGAGAAUGAGCAGUCUCAAUUGGAUGGGGGAAGACGCAAGGGCUAUAUGGGGCACCUCACCCGGAUUGCCAAUGCCUUAGCUCAAGGUUCUGAGAAGUGGCCUCACUCAAUUCUCAUCAAGCAGCUCUUAAAAGAGUUGCCUGAAGAAGAGCAAGAACAAUGGGAGAAAUUUAUCUCGGGGCCUUUAUCAGAAACCAAUAAGAAGAACACUGUGGAUCUAGUUAACAUGCACAAUCUCCACUCAUCAAGCGAUGAUGAUGAGAACGAUCUCAAGGAGUUCAGCUUCCCUCAGGAGGCCGUCCUACAGCAGGCCUUCGUAGGUUACCAAAUGCAACAGAUGACUUCAUUCAUUGACCACUUCGGUUUUCACGACGAAGAAUUUGGCGAGCAGGAAGAGAAUGUCAAUGCUCCCUUUGACAAGACAGCCAACAUCACCUUCUCACUGAAUGCAGAUGAUGACAGUCCCAACUCCAACCUUUUUGACAUCUGCUACAAGGAGCGAAUUCAGCAGUUUGAUGAUGACGAAGAGGCUGAUGGCUCUGAUGGGGAGGACAUCUGGCAGGAGAAGGAGAGGACUGUCAAUUCGGGUACCACGCCGUCUAUGGCGGUCAGAAGACUUGGUAGCACAGAUAGCGAAGACAGUGAAGACUCGGAGGGUGAAGGAGGUGAGGAGGAAGAUCCUGGCGGGGGAGACAGAGAGGCCAUCCACGUCAGCAACGGCUGCGGCGAACAAAUGGAAGCAGAAAGAACAUUAGGAGAUCCGAACUGGGCAGACAGUCCCGAUCUGUCCUCAGUGUCUACGGUACCCUCACCUCCUGUGGCAGCUGAUACAGGAGCAGCAGUGUGGGACCAACCUAACUCAGGUGCCUCCUGCUCUGGCAAAGAUGAGAACUGGGCCUCCUUUACAGAACCUGCUGUACAGCAAGAGAGUUCUUCCAAAGUGCUCACAGACCCAGCCAUCCUCUCUCAGGAAGUGGCACAAAAUAAUGGAUCCCAAGUAGAAGCAGUGUCUAGUGUUCCACAGGAUCCUCCUAUCCCAGACACAGGCCCUCCAGAAGGGGGAAACUCACCAAACUCCUCUAUCGUGAUAACAGUAGCCAGCACAGUAGAACCUCCCCCAUCUACCUCUGAUUCCACCCAGCCGCUUCAGGGGACGGCAGAGACUCCACAACCUGAGCACAGCAACCCACAGAUAGAGCAACAACAGCAACCGGCAGCCAGAUAAAGGCACUCAGUGGGUCUCGUCACUGGGAAAGAACCAUGGCUGCUUGCUCGAUCAAGUCUAUUUUGCCAGGGACUGUCCCCAGUCCUUCCGGUGCCUUCACCCCUGUGGGCAGGUGGGGGGCAGAAGAGAAAGCAGCAAGGGGCAACGAAAGGGCCCAGCCCUCUCUCCCUCUCUCCCCUCUCUCCCCGAGCAAUCACUGAAGAGUCUGGUUCCAACAAGUACCUGUGAGAGAAAUGGAUGUGUAUACAAGGGUCGCAACAUCAUCCCCCUUCUGGCACAUCGUUUGGCGAAUCCCAGCAACAGUGUCCCCCCUCCCCCAGCAAGGGGCAGCAGCCUUUGGCACAAGGCCUCUCCCCCUGCAUUCCCUUUCCUCAGUAUGCAUUCAUACACACUGCUGCACUGAGUAAACCUGUCUUUGAUGCAAUUAAAAUUGAUGCUUGAAUCAUAUCAGAAGUCUUCUGAUGGGGGCAGUGCCAGGUGGGCGGGGAGAAAACCCAUCAAGCAACUCCCUUUCUCAUGACCAUUGAACGUCCCACUUGCAAGCACACUUCUUUCCUCCCUCCAUCUACACUAUCUUCCUCUGCGUUUUAUCCACGGGGAGGUAGGCGUGACUACUGGAAGCAUCACACAGGGUAACUAAAAUUAGGAGCUUGCUUCAAACAGGUAUAAUGGGCUUUGCUAACUGUCAAGGUUAGGAUAGCGGCAAAUGAGAUGAAAUUUAUGAGAUGCACAAUCUUUCCUGUUGGGAUGGAACCCUGUUUUGCAUUUUAACAUGUGCCAGAUCCACUCCCCAUGACUUUUAAGCUAAUCGUUCCAAGAGAACACAUUGGGUGGCCUACAUGAGAGAGCCUUUCUGGUCUCCUGGCUGAACAAAAUUAGCAACUCCCUGCCAGAACUGCCUGCCACUCACUCAGAAUCUUCCACCAUUUUCCCCGUAAGACUUUAGAUCUCUUUAUUAGAAUUUGAUAUAUACCAGUGUGAAUUCUGGAUUGGCCUCUCUAAAAGUUUUCAUCUUGAUUCUUCCUAUCCCAUCCCAUCCCAUCCCAGUGCACAAUCACCAGCUCACUUGGUUGUAAGACCUCUUCUCAUUCUUUUCCCAUUAGAUUCUGCCCAUCCUAGCCAUUUUUUCUGUAGUGUUUAAGCACUACUUUAUAGCCUGUUAAAAGAGCUCACUGGGAGACCCUUCCCACAGGUCCAAGCACCAGCUGCAUUGGUAGAAUUAAGAACCACUAGAUUCUGUCAUGGCUUCCUUUCACUGAUGACAACUGGGGAGUGAGGGAAUCUACAGCUUAGGGGUCAGCCCCAGGUGGCCAUCAUGUCCUUGGAGGAGCCCACUGAUUUUUAAGAGGAAUAGCAGGGAAUUCUGUAUCACCGCUUUGCUAGUACAUAUUGACAGAUUUUUCCUCCCAUUUCAGUGUUGUUGAUAGGUCACCAGCUGUGCUGUAACAGAUAAGCCUUAAUCUUUGAAUGUUGGCCUACUCUGUGUCCACACUGCAGCAAUUGCCUACCGUAUCUCCCCAGCACAGCCCAGAAUCCAACAUGUUGCAGAAGGAGUUUCUUGCAUAUCUACAGUAUGUUCCUGAAAUGUAAUUUCAAUAUCCUCUUCCCCCCCACUAAAAAAAAAAAAAAAUCUCUGAAUUGCGUGGGUGAGGUUUUUUUACUCAGUGAAAACCAAACUCUGCUGCCGUUUCUGGAGUUCCUCCUGAGAAUUCUGCAGGUUGUAAUAUGCAAGACCCAGACUGCCUGUGUAGAGCAGCCAGAAGGCCUGAAUUGCAGGCUCCCCUUUCUGUACCAUUUGCUCCAAAGUGUCCCUCAUUACAUCAUCAUCAUUCUUGAAGAUCAAGGGGCUCCAUUUAUGGUCCUUCUUACCCCACUAGAUUGUCAUUCUCUCACGUGACUCCUAAAAAACAGAAUUGUCUCCCCCCAAUUCCCAGAACUACUUUUUUUCCCUCCUCCUUUUUCUCUGAUCUCUCACCUCGAGCCGUUGAUGUGUCCUGGACUUUCUGUAACUCCUUUUAAAGUAUUUGAAGCCAGCAAAAAUUGCUACGCCAUCUUUGCCCUCUGCCUAAAAAACGGGCAAGUGCAUGGCAAAGCUCAGCCAAGACAUGGAGGACAGUUUAAUGUCAGCCUGUUCUCUUGGCAGGGGAGAGAGGAGGUGAGACAGAUGGAAAACCAGGGUUUGUGGAGGUCAGGGUUUGAACAUCAGGCAUUGUAGGAAGAGAAGUCAUGGUGGGAAAUACUCUUGUUUAAGAAGUAAACACCCCUCCCUUCUGCCCUCUGUACUUGCAGAUGGAGAGCAGAUUUGUACCCAUCCUGCCUCCCUCUUCUCUCACCCCUCAAUAUAAGUGGCAAUAUUUCUUGAAGCUCUUAAAUCACAAAGGACAGAAGUGGCCUUUCGCGUUGUCUGCGUCAUGCCAUUUUGUUUUGUUUUUUUCUUUUUCCCUGUGUGUGUGUGUGUGUCUGUGUGUAUGUAUGUGUUCUGUUUGAAUAAAGAGAUUCUAUGGCCAUAA